AGCGCGCGCUCGGGUGCGAGCAGGACACGGCCCGGCCGCGCAGGGCGGCGGCGGCGGAGGAGGAGGAGGGCGCUGAAGCCACACCCAUCGGCGAGCCGAUUCCGGGGCAGCGAGUCGUCGGCCGCCGCGCUCGAGCCUCCGCCCGCACCGAGCCGCGGGACCCGGGCCGUACCGGGGAGGGGCCGCUCCGGGCCGCAGCGCGAGGGCAGCGAGGGGCGGAGGGGACCCGACACCGGGCGGGGCCGGCGGCAGCGACCAUGAUCGCUUUGUUCAACAAGCUGCUGGACUGGUUCAAGGCCCUAUUCUGGAAGGAGGAGAUGGAGCUCACGCUGGUCGGGCUUCAGUACUCGGGCAAGACCACCUUCGUCAACGUGAUCGCGUCAGGACAGUUCAACGAGGACAUGAUCCCCACCGUGGGUUUCAACAUGCGCAAAAUCACCAAAGGGAAUGUGACUAUCAAGCUCUGGGACAUUGGGGGACAGCCGCGUUUCCGCAGCAUGUGGGAGCGCUACUGCCGAGGAGUGAGCGCCAUCGUGUACAUGGUGGAUGCUGCUGACCAGGAGAAGAUUGAGGCCUCUAAGAACGAGCUCCACAACCUACUGGACAAACCUCAGCUGCAGGGCAUCCCGGUCUUAGUCCUGGGUAACAAGCGAGACCUUCCGGGAGCAUUGGAUGAGAAGGAGCUGAUUGAGAAAAUGAAUCUGUCUGCCAUCCAGGACCGAGAGAUCUGCUGCUACUCCAUCUCCUGCAAAGAAAAGGACAACAUUGACAUCACCCUACAGUGGCUUAUUCAACACUCAAAGUCACGGAGAAGCUGAGACUCCAGCCCUUCUCCCUCAGACCAGGGACCGUCGUCAUCUAAACCUGAAGCCGAGCUCCCCGCCCCCCCCCCGUCGUCCCCCUAAGCCCACCCCUCCUCACCCAGUGUGAGGAGGGCCCUCUGGGGACCCCAGAGUCCUGUUCUGCUGAGGUUUGAACUCCUGUUUUUAUUGUAAAAUACAUUGCCCCCCAUUCUGGUCCCCUAACUUCUCACCCUUCCCCGCUGCCUUUGUCCCAUCACCCAGCCCUGCCUCCCUCCCAACAACCCUGGGCCACAGCCCCCGCCCCUGGCUUUUCCCUGGCCCACUCCUGCACCUCCCUUUUCAACACUCUCUGUUAUCGUCCUGUGUGUACAGUAUAUAUAUGUAUAUAUAUUUUAAUUUUUUAAUUUAAGCAAAGACUAAAAUCAACCAUUUGAUGCUGCAGGGCAUCCCUUUCAGGACCUGGGAGGGGGCAGAGUCUGGAGAAAAGGAGGGAGACGCAGGUGGACUUGGGGCAAGUUCAGAUCAGGAGAGGUGGAGACUGGCACCUGCGGCAGGUACCAGCCUGGGCACUGGUGGCCGCCCCCCUGUCCCGUGUGUUUCCACCGCCCAGUCUGGCUUGUCCUGGCAGUGCUUGAACCCCACAGGCUAGCAGGGGCCUCCGGGGGCCCCUCCCCUCAGUCCCCAGCCUGGGUAGAGCCACCAGGUACGACCAGGUACCAGAAACCACCAGGUGCACGGGGCAGAAAGCCAGCAUCCAUGCCCCAGCAGCCCCCUCCUGCCUGCUCCUGGCUCCCAGCUCCCGCCCCUCCCCAGGGCCCCCACCUCCACGGCCCACUUCAUUUUCUGUUCUCAUUUUGCAGAGUUGCACAAGGAGAGAACUCAGCAUGGGGGGUUGGUUCUUUGGGUUCUGUUUGUUUAUUUGUUUAAUUUAAUGAUUUGUAAAGUGAUGUUCCUCUUCCUUUUUUACACUUUUCAGCUCAUAUUUAACCUCUGUUUGGAAAAUGAUUCUUGUAACUGUACAUUUUUUUGCCUCCUAAUAACAAUGACAACAACAAAAAUAAAUGACCAGUUUUGUGUUG